GCUAUAAUCGAUGCCGACACCAUUGGCUCUGCACUUCACGCGCUUGAAUUUUCAUUCAAAGCCGUUACGGAUGGAUCCAAAGAGUCGUUAAAAGCAAGACUGGCCGAGCAUAAAUGCUGUUUUAUUGCGCUGAUAAUGAAUGUUUCUUAUCCGUUGAUACUCCCCAAACAGAGACACUUGGAUUCUUUUUGUUUUUCCUUGUCUUUGAUUUCUUUUUUCAGUGUAAUUCGUACCCACGAAUGUUUUCACAUAAUAAACAACUAGUAUAUCGAAGAUUAGUGAUGUCUUUCUUAAAUUUUAGAUUGUUUUCUUGUUUAUCUUUUUCGAUUUUUUAACUGGUUUGGUUGAAUUUGAAGGAAGAUACAAAAGGGUCCUUACUUUUUUCUUCACUUUUCUCUUGUAAUACAUAUGCAUUGGGAAAUUCUUGGAAAAUUAGGGUGGAGAUUUCUGGUGAUCUUAAAACAAUACUAACGAUGGGUAUAGUGACCACUGUUAUGGGUUUUUUUGGAUUUGGAAUAGGAAUCACAAUUGGGCUUGUGAUUGGGUAUUACCUGUUCAUCUACUUCCAUCCAACUGAUGUCAAGGAUCCCGAUAUUUGUCCUUUAGUCGAGCAAGGGUCUCAAACUGUGCAACAAUUGCUUCCAGAGAUACCCCUUUGGGUGAAAAAUCCAGACUAUGAUCGUGUUGAUUGGCUUAACAAAUUUAUUGAAUAUAUGUGGCCUUAUUUGGACAAGGCAAUUUGCAAGACUGCAAAGAAAAUAGCGGAGCCCAUUAUAGCUGAACAAAUUCCAAAAUACAAAAUUGAGUCAGUUGAAUUUGAAGCACUGACCUUGGGCUGCCUCCCUCCAACUUUUCAAGGAAUGAAAGUCUACAUUACUGAGGAGAAGGAGUUGAUCAUGGAACCAGCCUUAAAGUGGGCAGGUAAUCCCAACAUCAUCGUGGCAGUCAAGGCAUUUGGGUUGAAAGCCACUGUUCAGGUGGUUGACUUUCAGGUAUUUGCUUCUCCACGUAUUACCUUGAAGCCCCUGGUUCCAAGCUUCCCUUGUUUUGCCAAAAUAUUAGUUUCGCUCAUGGAAAGGCCUCAUGUUGACUUUGGCCUAAAAGUGCUAGGGGCAGAUGCUAUGUCAAUUCCUGGCCUUUAUAGAUUUGUCCAGGAGCUUAUCAAAGAUCAGGUUGCAAAUAUGUAUCUAUGGCCAAAGACGCUUGAGGUCCCAAUUAUGGAUCCUGCAAAAGCCAUGAAGAGACCUGUUGGGAUUCUCAGUGUGAAGGUUCUGAGAGCAAUGAAGCUUAAAAAGAAAGAUCUUUUGGGGGCUUCAGAUCCUUAUGUGAAACUUAAACUUACCGAGGACAAACUUCCCUCAAAGAAAACAAAUGUGAAACACAAAAACUUGAACCCGGAAUGGAAUGAGGAAUUUAAUUUUGUUGUUAAGGACCCAGAAUCUCAAGCUUUAGAAGUUGUGAUAUAUGACUGGGAACAGGUGGGCAAGCAUGAAAAGAUGGGCCUAAAUGCAAUACCACUGAAGGAGCUCACUCCUGAUGAGCCAAAAGUUAUGACUCUUGAUCUUCUGAAAACCAUGGACCCAAAUGAUGUUCAAAACGAAAAGUCACGUGGUCAGAUUGUUGUUGAAGUGAUAUACAAACCUUUCAGAGGUGACGAAAUCUCAAAUGAGAGUGAAGAUUCCAAUGCUGUACAAAAGGCUCCUGAAGGAACACCCGAUGGUGGUGGCUUGCUCGUAGUCAUUCUUCAUGAAGCUCAAGAUCUGGAAGGAAAGCACCACACAAAUCCAUCUGUGCGUUUACUUUUCAGGGGGGAGGAGAGAAAAACCAAGCCUGUGAAGAAAAAUAGGGAUCCAAGAUGGGACGAGGAGUUUCAAUUCUUGCUGGAGGAGCCACCCACAAAUGACAAGCUUCAUGUGGAAGUUGUUAGUAUUUCAUCAAGGAUGGGCCUACUCCAUCCCAAGGAAAAUCUUGGAUAUGUUGAUAUAUACCUCUCCGACGUUGUUAGUAACAAGCGAAUCAACGAGAGAUACCACCUUAUUGACUCAAAGAACGGACGGAUUCAGAUUGAGCUGCAAUGGCGACCUGCAUCUUGAGGGUAUGCCACUUUGUUUUUUAGUUGCAUGGAUAAAUCUAGUAGUUGUCUCUUUAUUCAUGGUAGUUUUUGUGAAUGCAUUCAGACUUGGUCUACUGCAAGGAACCUGUAAAAAGAAAAUUGAAGUAACUUUUCUGUAAAUUUGAGCUUGCACUGACCAUUUUGUUCUGUAGUUCAGCUCUUUGAAAGCCCAAAAAAAAAGCUGCAACUUCGUCCAACACGAGGAAUUUUAAAGAUAAUGUCAUCCAUUAGUCGCGUUUCCAGAAAAGAACUAUCCAUGAAGACGGUUUGUUUGGAUGAUUUUUGUUAAUUAGGAGCAUAUAAAUCAAUGGAUAGAUACAAGUAGGGGUGUUACUUGAAAAGAGCUUCUCGGGCUCAGCUUGGGCUUGGCUUGGAUAAGAUUCUGCCCGAGUUCAAUUCAUGUUUUAAACGAGCUAAGUUUUAACAAUUUUUUUGGCUCAUUUUUUUAAGCUCGGUUCGAGCUUACAAAACUCGGCUCAAAAAUAGUCGAGCUACUUGGUUUUGGUUCGGGCUCGCGCUUAUUUUCUAAACAAGCUGAGUUUGACUUAUUUUUUAGACUCGUUUAAAAAAAACGAGCUC